AUUACACAAAUCACGAACCUAUAUGUACCGCAAACACUCUAUGAGGAACAAUUGUUGUUUGGACUUGUGGUUUAAGAAAUGCUUAAUUCAGCCUUUUAAGUACUUGGAGGAUUAAGACAAGUGUAGUUCUCGGAAGAUAUAUGAUAAUGAUUUAAUUAAAAGUUGAAAAAUACGGAAAUUAUAUGGAGUGAGUGAUGUCAGUUUUAUCACUUUUAUCUCAGAAUCUCCAAAAGUGAUCUGCUGUCCAUGAUUCACAAGGCUGAAUGUCACCUAUUACUCAAAUUGAGUUUGAGCCAUACCUGCACACAGCUUACUCAGAUUUAAAAUCGAACUGAUAUGUCAUUAUCUAGCGUGAUGGCACAGGGAAUUUUCACCCAUUUUACCAAGAGUUACUAUCAGUGUCAUACGUGCUGCCAGUGUUGAAAUGUCACAACAAUGUAGUGAUGCGUGUGCCAACCAAAAGUGAAGGGGGACAGUGCUGAAAAAAAUGAUUCCUAUGCAACAUUUUUAACACAUAGCCACACCAGCUGUCCAGACAAGAAAUCAAUCAUCUGAACACCAUCUGUGAAUAGAGAAACAGAGAAAGAAAACUCGAAAUGGGUCAGGGAAAUCCCCCCUGUGCUGAGCAGUGAUACCGAAUAGACUGCCGUUAAAGGAAUUUAUCUUUGUGAAAUCCUUCGUGUGGUGAAUAUUAACACCAAAGAGACAUUUAUUCCCCUCACUUCCCCUUUGUCACAGUCCCUCCUCCGACGCCAACUGCAGAAUGGAUGGAUACAGAAGAAGCCAGUUCAUUAUCUCUCCACCUGCCAUCCUUAAGGCCGGUGAAAUGCUGAUCCUGGUGACUGGCAUGAUCCUCUUCCUGGUAGAGAACAGCUGUCCUGGCGACGGUGCCUUCCUGGCCAUGUACCUGUUACCCUGCGGCGUGUGUUUGGCGGCGACCCUCGUCUCUUACGUCACAGCCGUGUUGGUUCUCGUGGGAGGCAGGAACCCGCUGACUACCCCCGCGUGGGUGAAGGGGGACGUAUGGUUCAACGUGUGUGCCUUGGUUCUGAUGCUCGUGGGUUCAGUCCUCACGCUCACCAGAAACGAAUGCGCCAAUAACUAUUCCAUGGUCAUCGCCGCCAUAGCCCUAGGAUUCAUCUCGGUGAUCCUGUACGCGAGCAGCGGCGCCGUGACGUAUGUGAUUCUGACCAGGCACCGGGAGGAGGUGAAGGCGGCUCAGAGGGCGCAGCUGGAGGACCGGCGAGUCACGCUCAGCGCCCUGGCCUGAAAAUGUGGUGUCAUGCCGCGUCGGCGCAGUUACGCCAUGCAAGGGAGGCGGUUCAUUAUGAUGAUACUCUGCGGUAAAGCAUUGCGGGAGGAAGAAUGUGCAUCGCCUUGAGAAAUGUGAUGUUCAGUGCGCGUUUUUUUUUUUUUUUUUUUUUUUUUUUUUAGAUUUCGAAUUUAUACUUAUUGAGUGGAGUGUUGCUUGUUGAAUAGAGGAUAUGUCACAUUUUCUAUACAAUUACAUAAUAUUAGACUAAAAUAUGCUAGGUAAUGGGAAACCAAUCUUAUCUUCAAAUAUCCGGUUUGUCUAAACAAGUCCACCUGCAAACUUGGAGCUUGUUCUUGAAAGAAGAAUGGUAGAGUAAAUAAAGCUGGAGAACAAGGGAAACAGUGUGCUGUGUGCUGCAGCGGUUAGCGUGAUGAAGUAGCAAUCUUGCAGACCUGCGUUCAAUCCCGCGCGCUUCCAGUGGAUGGUAACCCUGGCCAUUCUUUGCACGCAGGGGGAGAUUUAGAAGCAAAAUAAAACAGAGUAUAUCACAGCAAAAGGACAUCAUUUGUAACAAAUGGAAUUAAAGCUAAAUCUUAAUCUUAAUCCAAUCCUCUGUCCGAAAUCGGAUUCCCCAAUUCCCGGUACAUAAAUAAAUUUUGCAAUAUGAAACACACCUGCAGGCAUUAUUUUAUAUGAUGCAAAAAGAUUCCGUGCAUGAUCUGAGUAAGGUUUCUAUUUAAUCCACAGACGAAAAAGAAAUACAAGAUGCAUUGCAAGCUAUCUUCAACAAUCAAUUGUAUAUGCAUCUUGUUAAGUUUUCUAAUGAUUUUAUUUAUGUAGAGAAAGAUAUCACUUCUGACAGCGCACGGAUAAGAUAUAUCUAUAUAUUGUGAUAUUGAUCUUUAUUAAACAUGUAAAUCGACUCAUGUUAAGCUGUAGUAGUAUACUGUACAAUGUAAUACUAUUUAGAAUAAUAAAAUGUUGCCAAAUAUGA